CCCGAUUCCCCAAUUUAAAAAAAUAAUUUAAAAAAAUGAAGAAGAAGAAAAAAAAAUCAGGUGCCGGCAGGGCCACGCUCUCUCUAACGCUCUCGGUAGAGUCUCUCCUUGCCUCUUCCUAGCUUCCAGUGGUCACAGUCAAUCCCUGGCUUGCGGUUACAUCACCCCAAUCUCUGCUUCUGUCAUCACAUGGCGUUCUCCACAUCUCUGUCUUUAUGUGGCAUUUCCUCUUCUAAGGAUAUCUCAGUCAUAUGGGGUUAGUGCCCAGCCUAGCAACCUCACCUUAACUUGAUUGUCUCUGCAAAGCUCCUAUUUCCAAAUAAGGUACCGGGGGUUAGGACUUCAACCUAUUUUUUGGAGGGACACAAGUCAACCCGUAACAGUCACGAAAUCAUUUAUGUAGUCUUUGUCUUAAAGAUGCAUACCUGAGGGGGGAUGGGUUCUCAAACAAGGGGCCCACCCUCCCACAGUGCAAGUUUUCUGAACCGUGUGAGGCGUUCAAGUCCAGUUAAAGCCAAGGUGGGGCGUUUCCUAUGAUGCAUGCGUCCUAGACCAGACAAGCGAUACAGGGGCGUGGUCUUUUCAACGUCCGGUGUGCCGAUGACGUCUGAGGUAGAAGGGGCUGGGCAGGAUUCCCAGCUCGCAUGCGCAUUGAGGCCAAGGCGUUUUCUUAAGAGGUUGGAAUGGAAGCCUCUUAAAAUGGCAGAUGAUUUGGACUUCGAGACAGGAGUGCUCAGCAUUACGUCAGAAUGGCUUUGUGGUGCUCAAAAGCCGGCCAUGUAAGAUCGUGGAGAUGUCCACCUCCAAGACGGGCAAGCACGGCCACGCCAAGGUCCCCCUGGUUCGUAUUGACACCUUUACUGGGAAGAAACAUGAAGAUCGCUGUCCAUCAACGCAUAAUAUGGAUGUUCUCAACAUCAAAAGGAAUGAUUUCCAGCUGAUUGGCAUCCAGGAUGGGUAUCUAUCACUGCUCCAGGAUAGCGGGGAGGUGCGAGAGGACCUUCGUCGGCCUGAGGGAGACCUCGGCAAGGAGAUUGAGCAGAAGUAUGACUGUGGAGAGGAGAUCCUGGUCACAGUGCCGUCUGCCAUGACAGAGGAGGCUCAGCUGUUGCAAUCAAGGCUAUGGCAAAAUAACUGGCUCCCAGGGUGGCAGUGGUGGCAGAAGUGAUCCUGGAGCCUGCAGAGGCCCCCUCCCCUAGCCUGGCCCGGCUCUGGCCAGGCACUUGGCCGGACUCCUAUACGAUUUAUUUGACGUUUUAUUUUGGUUUUCCCCACCCCUUCAC